AAUAAGAAAAGAAUACAUAUACAUACAUCUAUAUACAAUCAUACAAUAAUAAUAAAGAAAGAAAAAAAAUAAUAAUAAUAGAACCAUCCACGAAAAAUAGCGCGCCAAUUAAAUAACAAAAUUCCGACAAAUAGAAAAAUAAACAACUCGUUAUUUGAAAUUCUGUAUAAGUGUAAUAAAUAGUUAACAAAAUUUUAAACAACAUUCAAACUGGAUAAUUUAAAACAUUACGUCAUUAUUUGGACCUCAGCAGUAGGAACAAAACCACCGCUGUUAAGAAAACCUAGACAAAAUCACCACCGAUUACGUCCCCGUUCAAUUAAAUUCGAGCCAGUUUAAUUUAAAGUGUAGUUUGGUGUUUGGUGUAGGCUCGCGUGUAGACACGCAAUUACUAAAGCCUUAAAUCAAAUUUCAGCAAAACAUAACACAAAAACACUCACUCUGGCACUGGUACACUCUAUCAACGGAAAAAUAAAUACAAAACUCUUGAGGUAGAGAGGGUAGGUAGUACAAAACUGAAAAGUGUUGUCUCCAACAGCAAGAAAAUAUCCAAACUGAAGCAAUUGUCGGAAGACGUGACGGUGCUGUUGAAGAUCGAAAAAAUGGACAGCAUCGUAGAGGAGAAUGGCAACUCCUCAAAUAAUAUUGACGACACAAAUACAUCGGGAGCUGGUGGCGGAGGAGUAGGACAUAAUUUAACUAUAACAGCGUCACAACAAAAUCCCCAGCAGCAUCCAUCCCAGCAACAACCUGCAGCGGUACAAUCUACACAGCAACAAAUAAAUUUAACACAUUCAAAUAACAGCCAAAACCUAGCGCCUCCACCACCAAACCAGGUGCAAGCCUCAGUGGCCGCUGCAGUGGCGGCUGGUACCGUUUUAACCACCACCUCAAAUGUUGUACAAUAUUUAUCCAAUAAUCCACACGGCCUGCCGGUGCAAUCCGUCAUACAAGCAGCCAAUCAAUCUUCGGUUAUACAAACCGCUGCCGGUAACAAUUCACAGACACCUGUUGCCAUACCCAAGGGUGUUUUAUUUGUUAAUAAACCAAAUACCACAGUUAUACACACAACAUCAGGCAAUGCUGUCCAAAUUCCUCCACAUUUUCAAUGCAAGAUAAAACCUGAACCGAACACACACCACCUCGACACAAAUAGUGAAGAUAGUUUCACUGAUGAGGAUUCUCCUCGCGGCCGAAGAGAACUUACACGAAGACCUUCGUACAAUAAAAUCUAUUCGGAAAUUAGUGGUCCCGAUAUAACAGCUGGAACAAAUAUGCAAAUGUCAGAAAGUGUUGGUAUACCCGCCUUGGCACCUGGUUCGGCAGGACCUACAGCUGGUUCCCUAAUACAUUUACCGCCAGAGAACACGUCAGCAUUUUAUUUACCCAAUAGGAUGCCAUACAAUCCUAACAACAAUGUCAUUGCCGAGGAUCAGACGAGAAAACGUGAAAUACGUCUGCAGAAAAAUCGAGAAGCGGCCCGGGAAUGUCGUCGGAAAAAGAAGGAAUAUAUCAAGUGCCUGGAAAAUCGUGUGGCGGUGCUGGAAAACCAAAAUAAAGCUCUGAUCGAAGAGCUUAAAUCGCUCAAAGAGCUUUAUUGUCAAACCAAAAAUGAUUGAGACAAACCUCCCAGUCUAGAACACGAAACCAUUGUUAAAGUUAUUGAAGAAGACGACGAUGAUGAUGCUCAUUUCGUCAGAACAAAUGAGGAGGAGAAAGAGGAAAGGGAGAUAGAGCAAGAUAUCGAAUUAAUUGUUAAUAAAAAUGUGGAGAUGAAGCAGCAACUGAUUACUGAUGAAGCAGCUGUAGAAGAAGAGUACGAGCAGGAAGAGGAAGAGUUGUUGGUUAUCAAACCCAGCACUUCUUCGGCAGCCACAUCUUCUGUUAUAACUUUAGGCAAUGGUCGUUUUCUAGAUAUCAGAAAGUCAUUGCUUUUACGCAAGGCCCUGGUGGAGGAUCAAAAGCAAGAGGUUGUAGUUGUCUGUACAACAUCAACUCCUACCGCUUCUUGCAUACGACCCACUACUUCGGCUGCAAACGAUUGUGAACCUGAUUAGAAGUUUAAUUUUAAUAUCUUUUUUGAAGAAAAACUAACAACUCAUUGUCUUAAAAAAAAAAACAA